UCUAUCUUGUCGUGUUCACCGAUGUUCUACAGUUUAUCACAAAGAUAUGUAAAGUAGCAUGGCUCUCUCGCAACCUGGAAUUAUUGUGUCUACAGCCAGUCUUAAUGAUGUGCUCGACAAUUUUGUUCUUUCUGCUAACACUUUUGGAUUCCUUCGUGACAUACAAAGAGAGUCAAAGUGGCCACAACCGCACAAUAAACUGGAGCGAGUGCAUUGGGUACAAGCACCCACAAUUGACUUUCCUGUCGAGAGUCUCUUUCUGGUGGCUGACACCGCUCCUGUGGCGUGGCUGGUGGAAGCCACUGGAGUUGGAGGAUCUGGGAAAUUUGAGCGAGGAAGAUACUUGUCGCUAUCACUAUGACAAAUUCCUCAUCAACUGUCGCACUACACCGUCUAAGUCCUUGUGGCGAGCAUACAUGAAGACAUACUGGCGAGAGACGGUCUUUGGUGGUAUUCUCAGAUUGUUCAGCGAUGCCACUACCCUCAUAGGGCCACUUGGAAUAUCUCUCGUGGUGGACUUUGUGGCAGAGGGACAGAGGAGAAGUGCAGGGAUGAAUGGUGCUGCAGCUAAUGCUUCAAUUGCUGAUCCAGGCACUGACAUGAAUGAUGGAAUUCACUUUGUCACAUGGCGUGACUUGAUGACGAACGGCUGGUUCGUUGCUGUGUUGAUUCUCUUGGCAGCACUGGCUCAAGGCUCCCUGUCUCAAUCAUCCACCCACAUCAUCAACAUGGUGGGAAUUCACCUCAAAGCUGCUAUACAGGGUGUCAUAUAUCGCAAAACUCUCUCACUCAGUCCAGCAUGCUUUCGUCAUGGCCAAACUACCGCAGUAUCUGAACAUACUGAAGAGCAUCCAGCAGACAAGGGUGAGGAGAUGCACAGCGAAACCGAUGCUGGAUCCAUUACCAAUCUGAUGACGGAGGAUGCGGAAAACAUCAUGUCGUUCUUCUGGAUCAUUCACUAUGUGUGGUCGAUACCGCUGAAGAUAUCCAUUGUAAUUUAUUUGCUAUAUUUGAAAUUGGGCUGGAGCGCAGUAUUCGGAUCAUUAAUUUGUGUGGCUUUAAUGACUCCGCUACAAUUUUUAAUUGGAAAAAUGAUGUCAAAAAAUGCGGAAAAAAUGUCGCAAUACACAGAUGAGCGAUUAAACAAAUUGAAUGAAAUACUUUUGGGUAUCCGAAUAAUAAAGCUGAAUGCAUGGGUGGAGAGUUUCAAAGAACGACUUCAUGCUUGUCGUGAAAAGGAGUUAAAACCCAUGAAAUUGGACUGUAUAUACUGGACAGCAUUAACUUUCCUCACUCAUGUGGCUUCAAUCCUGAUUACUUUCGUGACACUAGCCAUUGCCACGGGCUAUGAAGGUGAUUUUUCAUCGAGCCGUGUCUUUUCCGCCUUGGCUCUCUUCAAUCAGCUCACCAUUGCACUCUUUAUCUUUCCCAUAACUGUGCCCAUUACCAUUUCUGCCAUCAUAAGCACACGUCGCCUGGAAACUUUUAUGGCUCUGCCAGACGUUCAAAAGGAGGUGGAUGGGAGCCAAAAUGUGGCACGUGUUCUCAGUAGGGGUGACAAUUUGCUAGAUAUCUAUGAAAAUGAAGAUCAUAGUGACACGGAAGAGCAGGAAAAUACCACCCACGCCGUGGAAUCAUCACCCGCUGAAGUCGUCCAGGAACCAAUGGGAGGACACCGGAGCAAAUCAAAGCUAAGGAAGAGCAGUCUCAGUCUUUACAGUCAAUUAGAGCGCAAUCGAGUGAGGAAAAAGACUCCCAGCAAGGAUUUAACUGCACUCACUGACCAACAGACUAGCAUAUCCGAUUCAACAGUGUUCCGGAUAAAUAAUGGCGUGUUCACAUGGAGCAAGAAUCACUUAAAUGCUAUCAAUUUGACCGUAGAGCAUUUACAAGUGAAUAAGGGCUCACUCGUGAUGGUGGUUGGCCCCAGUGGAAGUGGAAAAUCAUCCCUCUUGGCCGCUCUCCUGCGUGAAAUUCACCUAAUUUCCGGAUCACUCGUGUGGAACAGAUUUGCCACUGUGGCAUAUGUGUCACAGACUUCUUGGGUUCUCAACACUUCCAUAAGGGAUAACAUUCUCUUUGGUGAAUCGUUCCGACCGAAGAGAUACGACAAAGUUGUGGAGGCAUGUGCUCUCAAACCGGACAUUGAAUUGAUGCCGGAACAAGAUUCAACCCUAAUUGGUGAGCAAGGAAUUAAUUUGUCUGGUGGACAGAGGCAACGGGUUGCAAUUGCACGAGCACUAUAUUCGUCGGCAAAUGUAAUUAUAAUGGAUGAUCCGUUCUCAGCACUGGACCAUGAAGUAACAAAAUUUGUUUUCGAGAAUGGAAUCAAGAAAAUGCUCAUUCGUCAUAAACGAACAACUAUUCUAGUUACGCAGAAUCUACAGCUGAUUCGCAGUGCUGAUAUGAUAAUUGCAAUGGAAAAUCAUAGAAUACGAAUUUGUGGUACUUUAUCGGAUAUUAUGACGAAGGAUGUUGAACUCUAUGAGGGAUGGCACAAGUCAUGGAGCUCACAGGAUAGGACAUCAAGUACUGGACGAACUGCACGGGAACGUUGGAAGCUAUUCAAAAAUGUUGCCAAACUCGGAUUGCAGAAGGUGAACCCUGAUGAUGGUGAGGUAACCACGCGGAAAAUAUCGUACACACCAUCAAAAUCGCGCUCAAGUAUCUACGGAUCUCGUUUCCUUGCCCACGACAUUCCUCUUCCAAUUGACGAGUGUUACGGCGAGGAGGUGCAAAUUCGGCGUCGUCCCAGCCGUUGGAUGAGCAGGGACCGUGCGGGAAUGUUAAGAAUAAAAUCGCUCCAGACUGAAUCGAACAAAUCCCGCGUACCCGUGAGCAGGAAUAUCUCCUCACCUACACGCCUUCAGAGUGAAAAUCAGACCGAAGGUGGUGAAUGUAAUACAAACAGAUUGGGGUUUUAUAGUCUGUUCCGGAGAUUGUCUUCCCGUCGAGGUGCUAGAAAUGCUAUGCUGGCGACACCGGAAGAGGAAUUCACACAACCAGUGGGAAGUAGUCCAUCGAAUAGACAUUGGCGGAAGGGGAGUGCUUCCAAUUCAAUACAAAGCAUUGAGGAAGAAGAGGAAAGCGAAAUGGCCAUUGAUUGUGGUGAAAACUCAGCAAAUAUGCAAAAUUAUGAGGAAGAGCGAAAAUAUGGUGAAAUACCAGUGCGAAUAUAUUGGCAGUAUCUGAAGGACUGUGGCCUGGGUGUGGUUGUACUCUUUUGCUUAAUUGCACUCUCAUGGCAAGUCCUCCGAAUUCUCACGGAUGUUUGGCUUCAAUCGUGGACUAACACUAUAGACCAGGAUCAGAGUGGAGCUCAUGCCGACACAUUCCACUACUUCAAUAUAUACGCCAUUCUAUCGGGUGGAUGUGUCUUGUUAUCAAUGCUUUCAACUCCAAUUGGUCAAUAUGCUGGACUUCGAGCACGUCGUAAAAUUCAUACGAAACUACUUGAUGCUAUUCUUGCAAAUUCUCUGCGCUUCUUCCAGACAACUCCUCUGGGUCGCAUCAUGAAUCGAUUUAGCAACGAUAUGGCCAUAAUUGAUAAGAAAAUUGCUCCAACGAGCCAACGCCUUUUGCAGUUUCUCCUGCUAUGUCUAUGUUCAAUAUUAAUUAAUUCCUUCAUUUCACCCUGGUUUCUGUUGCUCUCACUACCAAUUUGUGCUAUUUACUAUGGAGUUCAACAUUUCUACAGAAGUUCAUCCAGGGAACUCCAGCGGAUUGAAAACAUCAUGAGUUCGCCAAUAUUGUCCCACUUCACGGAAACAAUUCAGGGUGUUGCAACAAUUCGAGCGUACAAUCAGGAAGCUCGUUUCAUGGAGAUUCUCUUUAGGCGCAUGGAGGCCAACAAUGUGGCAUUUGUAAUUUUGAACACGAGCAAUCGUUGGCUGGGAAUAGCACUGGACUAUUUGGGCGGAAUUAUUGUCUUUCUCGCCAUAAUAACCGCAUUGUUUACGGCGCAUAUUUACGCGGAAACAACUCUCCCGUCAAUGGUGGGACUGGCCAUUAACUACACCCUCUUGGUUCCGAUUUAUUUGAAUUGGGUGGUAAAACUUCUGGCUGACAUGGAAAUGUAUGUUGGUGCUGUUGAACGCAUUGAAUAUUACAUUAAAAACGGAAGUCCCGAAUGUACAGAUGUUUAUAAGCCAGUUCCUAUAUCUUGGCCCCAGAGAGGGGAUAUUGUCUUUGAGAAUGUCUCAUGUCGCUAUGGAACUCAAGAGAAAGAUAUCAUCACAAAUUUGUCACUCAAGAUUCCUGCCGGACAAAGGAUUGGAAUUUGCGGCCGGAGCGGAAGUGGCAAGUCAUCAUUGGCAUUAGCGCUUUUUGGUGCCCUAACCAUGAGUAGUGGGCACAUAUUGAUCGAUGAUGUGAGCAUUGCUGAAAUCCACGUGGACGAAUUGCGGUCACGCCUCUCGAUAAUCUCUCAGGAUGUUGUCCUGUUUCGUGGCACUGUACGUGAUAACUUGGAUCCACGUGGCCACUUCAGUGACAUCCAAUGUUGGAACUGCUUGGAGAUGGCACAGAUUAAGAGCCUGAUUCAGUCGGAUCCAGCUGGGUUAGAUGCGCAGUUGGAGGAGAAUGGAUCGAAUUUCAGUGUGGGCCAGAAGCAACUGUUUUGCCUGGCCAGAGCUGUGCUAAGAGGGUCAGUUUGUCUGAUUCUAGAUGAAGCUACCAGCUCUUUGGAUCCCUUCACUGAACAAACUUUGCUUCAAGCAGCAAAUGCUGCUUUCCAGGGACGCACAAUAAUCAUGAUCACUCAUCGCAUCAGCACUCUUCUGACCUAUGACCGCGUCAUUGUUCUCGAGGGUGGGCGUAUUGUGGAAGAGGGAUGCCCUAAGGUGCUCAAAGAGAAGCGCGGUAGCAAAUUUGCCAGUAUGCUCCAAAGCUCAUAUCACGAAAGCACAUAAUUUCAUCUUUGGCUCUUCCUCACGACACCAAGUAAUCAGAUUUGUGCCAUAACUUCAUUUGACUUAAUAUAAGGCAUGUUCUCUUAUUUUUUUUCUGUCGUCACAUCCAACCCCACAUUAAUACACACACUGUAUUAUGGGGUUACUGAAGGAAAAUAAACACACCAUGUCAUUGGGAGAGUGGUAGUCAUAUCCCCGGGAUCAAAGAAAAUUUCUCAAGAGUUUUAUGACGAUGCCUCCCGGGUAAUCGAUUUUUGUCGCCUCCGCAGAGCAAUAUGAGCACAGUUUUACAUCAAUUGAGAUUUUAUCAUGAAGUAGAAUGCAAAUUAGAUAUUCAAUGAAUUAUGAAAACAUGGCACGAUGCCCAGCAGAAUUGCCCAAAAAUGGCUAGAGACAAUUUAAUAAAAACUCUGAGAUUUCCAUAGUUCAUUGGCCAAAAUUUUCUAGCUAUCUUGCUGCGGGGCUUUUACUUAAAAUAUUCAUAGUUCAUAUAGAAGUUAAUUGCCAUAAAAGUUUCAAAUUCUCAACUCUCUAGUUGGAGUUUUUCCUUACAAAAGCCAUAAUGGACAGCGUUAGAUUCGGUAUAAUGCUGAAAAUUUUCAAUGACACUUUUGGAACACCAAAUGUGCCAAAAGUUUACUUUUUAAGAAGUUGUUUUAAACACUUAAUGGUAUUUUAAUUUACACUUCGAUUAUGUUGAUUGUAUCUGAAAAUUGUAUUAGAGUACAAUGGGGCACUUUUGAACAGAUUCAAUUUUUGUAUUUUGAAAUUUCUACAUCAUUCCAAAUAUCGAAGAAGAUAAGGAAGUCUAGGAAAAG